GUUUCGUCAAUUCGUGAAAGGUAGAACUAGUGCGCAGUGGGUAAUGCAGCACUGUAUUUCUAGUAGACAUUCUAGGGUUGUUUCAAACCUUCUAAUGUUGUGUGCACAGAUGUUCUUUUUCUUGUGGUACGGCUGUGGUGCUCGCCGAAAAGUGAAGCCAGUCUAGCAUUUGAGAAAGCAAUGCAAACGAGGCCCUGUUAGGCUUUUGCAUUCUACUCCUGAAGGCGGGCCUUAAGUGUCCUCCAAAUUUUCUAUAAUGUCGUGUCCUCAACAUUCGUGUGUAUACUAGUGCUGGAUACGUCAAAAGCUUUCUCAUUUUGUCUCGCCAGGUAGACAGAGAGAGAGACCGGGCAUGCAAGAAGUCCCUCAAGGAGGACCAGGCAUCACAAGGAAGUGAAUGAGGGCCAAGCAAACGAACGGUACCCACCACAAAAGGGCACGGUAUAAACACCAGUUUUGUGAACAACUCAACCCUGUUGACAUCUCGAAUGCCAGGGAAACUGCAAGCAUGGAGAUGUCGACUUCCGAUAUAGUGGAGGUGCACCUGUUGGAGUUGCCCGACGUUGUUCAAGACACUAUCCCCACCUGCAAGUCUACCGAACGCGACCGUGCGUACGUGCUUCGGCCGGCUGAUGUCUGUGAAAUUGUUGACGACGCUUCUUCCGCCGCUGAAUCUUCAGAACAGCUGCAGAUGCUUAUGACGUCAAGCAGCCAGUCAGUGGCAGCUGAAGUCGAACCAACCGCACCAUCCAUCCCGGCAAACUCGACUUCGCCGGGCAAUGCCGAUCCAUCUCUGCCCGGACUGCUCCUUCCGCUUGCCACAAAAGCGGCAAUACUCGCCGAUGUGCGUUCGGGCAAGCUCAGCAAGGCCGAGAUCGUAUACAAGUACCACAUACGUUGGGCCAUCUUGUACGAUGUCAUAAGGAACGCCAGCGAAAUCGACGCUGAACAGAGACGCCUAGGACUGUCUCCCGAAACGCCGGACUCUCCUCCGGGGGCGGAAAGAGGCGGCCUGAAGCGCCGGCCCAGCACUUCUGUAGCAAAGGAGGGCCAGCAGAAAGCACCGGGGGUGUUUAUGUCGGAAGACUUGUACUUCAACCCACCAAAGAAGCUCAAUUAUAUGCCAGGGCACAGCUUCAAGAGAGUGAAGCUACUUGUGGACGAUCUGCCCGCAGCGAAUACGGAGGGCGGUUCAAGCAGCAUCAGCGUCGCAGCUGCAAUGACCACCAUGACCGAGGCAGAAAUAGCCGGCUGCGGUGUGAGCACAAAGACGUCGAGGCCUGUGCCACCGGACGUGCGUGCUGCGUCUACGCAAACUUUGCCUUCACUUGGAAAGGGGUCACUGAUGACGUUCAUGUCUACUACAAAUGGUACUGUUGCUAUGACGCAAGUCAGCCACAGACGUCAAGCUGAUAAGGGUUCAGGAACCAGUACACAGGACUCCGGCACACAGCCUUCCGUCGUGAACCCGGAAGGGGACAGCAGAAUGGUGCGAUCAUUGGAGCACUUACGACCCCGCCGUAAGGCGAAGAUUCGCAAAGUCAGUGGUGCUCGUCGGUCGAACGCUGUACCCUCUCCACAAUUGCCGCUCGCGACCGAACCCGCAGACUCUCUGACUUCUGCACAGUCAUCCGGCUUCGCUUUGACAUUGGUUAAGCAAGAAGUCUCCAGCGACAUAGAGGCCGAAGAUAUUGAGUAUGAUCCCGUUGUUGUUCCAAAGCAAGAACCUCUUUCACCGCAAGAAGAAGACUGUGAUGACUCUGUUAGGAAGUGCGAGGUGGACGAUGAACGCUGUGGUGAUAUCAUUGUGAAAUGUGAGGUUGACGCCGAUGGUGGUGAUGAACAGACUUUUCAGCCGCCUUUGCCUAGGAGUGUGAACCAGUGGGAUGAUGUCACUGUAAAGACUGAACCACCAUCGCCAUGAUACACUGUAGACAUGACUCAUUCUUAUUGUGUUUCACAGGUAAUGUGCAUCAAGCUUAAUGAAGUAAGAAGAAACUUCUGUGCAAGAGCGCAAUCUGCAGUUGGCAGAUUUUGUACCACCUCUAGAAGCGUUCAGUAUUUUUGGUGUGCUUACUAAUUGAGUCAGACUUGCUACUUCAAGGUUUUUGAUAUGUUUCAUGUGGCACAUUUGAAAGGAAAUUACUUCCGAUUGUUUGCAAAGGAACAUUUCUUGUUUUACUCUUGUCUUUACUAGUUGAAACAACUGUUGUGCGAAUGCGGUGCGCAGCAGUGGGUUUUUCAGAAAAGCUUCUCAGUUUUUUUCGCCACAGGAUGAUAAGCUGUGUGAUCAGUAUUAAGCUAUUCAACUUCUGUUGUUAGGUGUGUCAUGGUGGUUAGUAAAGAUCAUCUCAUGUGUAUAUUGUUGGUUGUGUUUUUCUACAAGCACUGGCACUUGUCAGACGCUAAUAGGUUUCCUGAUAAGAGCAUUCCUUGCUAUGAACAAAAGUGGAAGGAGAGAGGGUGGAUAAUAAAGUGGUCCAUGUCACGUGACUUGCAUGAACAGAUGGGACAGUUUCAUCAGUAAUGUUUGUCAUCUAGAUAUGUGUCAGGUGUUAUACAUGCAGAAUUUUGUGUAUACAAAUAAAACGACUUGGCAGGCGUCUUCUGCCUGCCAUCAUAUGGUAACAUAUUCUAUCGAAUGGAAUAUGUCACCAGUUGAUUUAGUUGGCCGCAAGACUGCGGAUUUAUUCUAUGAGGCACUGUGCCCCCCGCAGUAAUGCCUAAGAUGUUGCUGCGGGUAAUGUUCCAAAUAAAAAAAAAUAAAAAAACUGUGAUGCUUUAAGGUAUCUGCUAUUAGCCCGUCAUGCAAAACUUAAUGAAACAAAUGUAAUUGAACAUCACAGCAAACGAGUACGCAUAGUAACAUAAGUACCCUUUGAGAAGCAUUUUUAAUUUCUGUACCGAAAUUUGCACAUUUUUUCAUUUGCAAGUGAAUUUCAUCUCGAGCAUGCCAACUUAGUCUGUUUUGUCUUUUAAAUGAUGUAAAUAUGUAAAUGAUGUAAAUGAUGUAAAAAUGUGUCAUUAAAGUGUUGUUCCAAAGAUGGGAUGAAAAA